AUGCCAACGACGUGCGAGCUAAAAGAAGGCACGACAAGCCGGCCCAAUCUGUUGACGGAAGCGGACUUGGUGGGGCUGAUGGACCGAAACGGGAUCGGCACCGACGCGACGAUCGCCGAACACAUCGCCAAGAUCAUCGACCGGAACUACGUGUUCAAGAUCCAUGAGGGAGCCACUCAAUAUCUGGUUCCGUCGACGUUGGGGAUGGGAUUAGUGGAAGGAUACAACGCUAUUGGGCUGGACAAGUCGUUGAGCAAGCCCCAGCUACGGCGCGAAACCGAGCAGCGGAUGACGAUGAUCUGUGAGGGCUCGCGAAGCAAGGGCGAUGUGCUCACGCAAACAAUUGACGAGUACCGGGAGAUGUUCAUCCGGACGCGCCGGGCUUUCGGGACGAUUGUCGAGCAAGUGGCGCGCUAUAUCAACUCCGCCGGAGACCCGGAUGCCGACGAAGGCGAUGGGACGAAGCGGGGCCAAGGGACGCGGGCGACGACGGCCGCCGGGACGGGCCCGUCGCGAGGGAGCCACACGAGCACGGGAGGAGCCGGCACAUCGAACUACACCUGCUUCUCGUGCAACCAGCAGGGCCAUCUGUCGACCUCUUGUCCCAACAAGAACGGCGCCUCCUCCGGCGGGGGAACCAGCUCUGGGCCGAGCGGGGCAGGGCAGAAGUGCUUCCAUUGCGACCAGCCCGGCCAUUGGGCGAACGCGUGUCCCGCUAAAGGGACAGGCAAGCCCACCGGAGGCGUCGGCGGGCCGAGCACAUCGGGCCAGAAGUGUUUCCACUGCGACCAGCCGGGCCACUGGGCAAACGCCUGUCCCGCCAAGGGCCUCGCCUCCACCUCCGCCGCCACUCGAGGCACAGGCGCGUCCUCACGGGCUAGAGGGGCCUCCUCCGCUCGCGGGGCUGGCGCUUCUAGGUCCCGGGCUAGGAAAAGAUCAGGCCCUGGUACAACGACUACGCGGGCCUCCGCGAAGAGGAAAAAAAGCACCGGCACUUGA